AUGAACAUUGAAGAGGAUAUGUCGUUGGAUGUAUGGGUCGUUAAUGAGGAUUCGCAACCAAAUACUGCUGAAAGUUCUCUUUCUAAAAUUUCUCCGCAAUUGAUAGAGAAAUAUUCGAAGCAGGCCUGGUUGGAUGGGAAAUUUUUUGUGCUUGAGGCCGACAAAUCGGAUGUUAAUUCGAUUUGUGGUAAAUGUCAAUUUCCUGAAUGUGAAAAGGAUGUAAGGGGAGCUCCCGAUGUAUCAUCUAACUUUGUGAAACAUUUGAAACGACAUUCAAACGCUAUUGAUGAAUAUAAAGCUUAUAAGCGCUUCAAAGACAGCAAUCCCAAUGCUUCACAAAAAGUCAAAAGAGUGACUUGCUCAUUGGACCAAAAAAAGUUCGAAGAGAAUGUGGUUCGCUGUAUUUUGGACAAUAUGUUAGCCUUUCGCAUUGUGGAAACUGCAUCUUUCAGAGCUAUCUUCAGUGAUCUUGAAAUUAAAUGUGGAGACGAGUCACUGAAAACGUUAUCCAGAGCAAAAGUUGUUAAGACUGCAGACGCGCUCAUAGCAGCUCAGAAAAAUGAAAUUAAAAAUAUUUUAAAGUCGGUUUAUCAUGUAUGCUUAACAGCGGAUAUUUGGAGCUCACCGACUCGCAGUUUUAUGGGAGUCACGGCUCACUGGAUAAAUCACUUAUCACUACUACGAAAAUCGGCUGUUUUAGCGUGUCGAAGAUUUCAAGGCUCUCAUUCACACGAUAAGGUGACAGAUAUUUUAGCAGAGAUUAAUCAAGAAUUUGAUUUGGACAAUAAUAAAGUAAUAGGAACGGUGACCGACAAUGGCUCAAACUUCGUGAAAGCGUUUGAA